UUUUUCCGCCAUGACAAAGCAGGAGUAUUUUUGCACCCCAAUUUUGCUACUUCCGGGAAAGUGGUCUCAUUUGUAAAUGAGGGCGCUAAACAUAGUUGUGUGAGUAACGAAAUAGUAAACACACUACCGUCAUGGAAGAAGAUGGAGUCAGCAAACUAUUCAAAACAUUGCCUCUGGUUUUAAUUAAUACACUGUCGUCAUGGAAAACUAUAGAAUAAUAGUUUUGCCAGUGUUGAAAACGCAAUGCCGAAAAAGUCCCGGAGGGGCAAGGGAAAGAGAAAACACAGACAAUUAGGUGUUAUCCACCAGGCAGAUGUAACCGUGAAUGACUUUGCCAAUUGUAAACCUGAGCAUGCUAAAAGUGGCAGAAUUACCAAAGCUACAGCUAAUUCAUUGAUCAAAGAAGUGAAGAAAAUAUCAGGCCCAGUGUGUGAAAUGAACAGUGCAAUACUAGACGAAGGCGAUACAGCUUGGUACGAUAAAAAUCUCUCUGAUUUUGAAGAUGAUGAAGACAAUGGUACUUUGGAUGAAAAUCACAAUCAUACAGUUUUGAGUCUUCCAAAUCAAGGUAUGG